ACCUGGCCGAGCAGGCCUCCUUUGGCUGCCGUUACCUGACUACUCUCAUCACUAAUUCAGCAGCACCUAGGGUCCCAACUCUCUCUCUGGCCGGCUAGGGCAGCAUACACCAGGACUCACGGAGGACCACCAACCCAGAGCUGGGGCCGAUGCAGAACGGAGAAGAGAUGAGCCCGCUAGCGCAGGACAGCAACAAGGCUGGAGGGCCGGCUUCAGAGGAAGAGGUGAAGAGUCAGACACAUGGGGGUGUGGAGCCCUCCGCUCCGCCGCUGCCCCCCUCAGACCCACCUCUGUCUGGGCCGCCUGAGUACCCGAGGCCCAGGCUCGUCUUCCACACCCAGUUGGCACAUGGCAGCCCUACAGGCCGCAUCCAUGGCUUCACCAAUGUCAAGGAGUUGUAUGCCAAGAUCGCUGAGGUGUUUCAUAUCUCUCCCUCUGAGAUCCUUUUCUGCACUCUGAACUCCCACAAGGUGGAUAUGCAGAAGCUGUUAGGUGGUCAGAUCGGCCUGGAGGACUUCAUCUUCGCCCACAUCAGGGGCGAGACCAAAGAGGUGGAGGUCACCAAGACGGAGGACGCCCUCGGGCUGACCAUCACUGACAACGGAGCAGGGUACGCUUUCAUUAAGAGGAUAAAGGAAGAGAGCACCAUUGACCAGCUCAAGACUGUAUGCGUGGGCGAUCACAUUGAGGCCAUCAAUGACCAGAGCAUUGUCGGGUGUCGGCACUAUGAAGUAGCUAAGAUGCUAAAGGAGCAACCAAGGGGAACACCCUUCACACUACGCUUGGUGGGGCCCAAGAAAGCCUUUGAUAUGAUCGGCAUGAGGACCAGGGCACCCAAGUCGAGCGAGGGUAAGAUGGUGAAUGGGAAGGAGACCCUGCGGCUGCGCUCCAAGGGGUCAGCUACAGUCCAGGAAGUGCCGAAUGAGUUUGAGGAGAGAGCCACCAAGAAAGUGGAUGAUCUACUGGAGAGCUACAUGGGUAUUCGAGACCUCGACUUAGCGACCACCAUCGUGGAGGCCGGAAAAGACAAGAUGAACCCAGAUGAUUUUGCUGAGGCUAUGGAUUCAGUGCUGGGGGACUUUGCCUUCCCAGAUGUCUUCUUGUUUGAUGUGUGGGGUGCCAUUGGAGAUGUGAAGGAUGACAGAAUGUAGAGGUGUCAGUCAGUUUUCAUAUCUUUCAAACAUUUCUAUUUUACAAUUGUCAUCUCAAUGGCCGUAUUAGAUGGUUAACGCAGGCCUUACUCAGCCAUUCUUCCCCAAACUAUUUUCUAUGUAUUUAUAUUACUUUGGUAACAAGUUCCUCUCGAAUACGUUAAGUUUAGAAUGACAUUUCAUAAGUGGGUUACGUAAUCUUUGCAGUGGGCAUUGUGUUGAUUGUGUUCUUAGAUACUGCUCAGGGCUCACCAUACUAGAGGGAAAUAUCCCUGUUUUUUUAUUUUUUUAUUUAAAUUUUACCUUUAUUUAACUAGGCAAGUCAGUUAAGAACACAUUCUUAUUUUCAAUGACGGCCUGGGAACAGUGGGUUAACUGCCUGUUCAGGGGCAGAACAACAGAUUUGUACCUUGUCAGCUCGGGGGUUUGAAAUCGCAACCUUCCGGUUACUAGUCCAACGCUCUAACCACUACCCUGCCGCCCCUGUUAUGUCAUUAAUGUGUAAAAAACCCAAUCACUGUUGUCCAUGGGCACAUGCAUGUGAACAUACUGUAUAUUUAUACAGACAAUGUAAGAAGUUAUCGGCCAUCCAUCUCUGAAACCAGGAAGUGAGUUAAGAGCUUGUUUGUUCCAGAUGCAGAGAGACCAGGAUAAGACCAGAGAUCAAAGGGUUGACCCUUGGGCGGCACCAUUAGUGCGGCGUAUCGUCUUCCACCAGCAUGGUUGAGAAACCACCAUGGUGGCCAUUUUGAAUCAAAGAACUCCCCAUACAUUAGUUAUGCAAUAGUGAGCUGAUUGAUUUAGUCUUCUUAACAAAGGAGGCUGGAGUGUUAAAUUGGGUAUUUGGCCAAGACAUCAAGGUGUGUCCUUAUACAAUAUGUAUUUGCAUGGUCAUUUCAAAUACCCAGAGUGAUGAAAGAGUUCAGUAUAAUGCCUCAUUUUGAGAACAGCACCCUCAUUACACAGUAUCCCCACCAGUGUUGUCAUUCAUUUCAUCCAAAUGGAUGAGUGCCCUGUACAGUGGCUGUUCCACUGGAUGUCAUAAGGUGAAUGCACCAAUUUGUAAGUCGCUCUGGAUAAGAGCGUCUGCUAAAUGACUUAAAUGUAAAUGUAAAUGUACAGACUCACCCAGCAACAGGUAACUUAGAAGUCAGUAGAGUGAUCUUCUUGACAUCUGAGAAAGAACAGAGGUCAAGUGUACCUUUUUUUCAGAAAUGACCCUUAGAAAUAUCUCCAAAAUUGAUACUGAUAUGCUAGAAUUCCCUAAAGUUGUUCUAUGACCAUACCAAGCAUUAAACUGUCCUCUUAUAGGAAACACAACCCGUAAGUUUCCUACGGUGAAGGAACUUGAGUAAACAUAUUUCGAAUACAAAGGCUACUCUGACUCUAACCAGGAAAUGAGUUGAGUAGACUUUAGAAUACAAGCAUUUCGCUACAUUCGCAAUAACAUCUGCUAACCAUGUGUAUGUGACCAAAAAAAUGUGAUUUAUGAUUUGAUUUGAAAUGGGAAAAACAACAUGAUUUCAAGAUGAAUGGUGAAGAAAAGUUGGAAAAAGAUGUUUAAGACUUCCUGUUUAACUGCAGAGUAUUGUUUGCCUGAAAAAGGAAAGUCUUCAUGCUCUUUAUUCGUUACCAUGUGCUCACAUGUUUUGUUCUCAAAGGCUUUUCAUUUCAAGUAUUCAUAAUGCAGGAAUUUAUUCAUCAAAUACAGACUUUUAUAUUAUGAUUCAGCGUUGUUUUAGAAACAGAAUGUAAAUAAGAGUUAUUUGAAUUGUCAAAUAUGUGUGAAAAGUUCAGAAAUAAAUACGUUUUGAAUCAUAAAUGGAUAAAAACAAAUGACAUGUAAUCUUGACUUGACCAGAAUAUCAGCAUAAUGUUGUGUGGUAGACUUUAUGUCUGAUGUGUAUUGAUAUAUCACUCUAUUGAGACCUGAAAAUAUAAGGCAUAUUUCAUGUGUGUUACAAUUAGUAAUAAAAAUGGUAUAACUCA